CCAGGGGCGGCAGCUUCCCAUUCACAAUGGGACCGACCCACUCCCCAGCUACGCUUGCGUUGUCCGUCUCCCCUGUCCUCUCCUCGCCUUCCCCGAAGCCCCUUCCUCUACUCAUCCCGUGUCCUCCCCUCUCCCUUCCUCUAUUUAUCUCUUCCUCUCUACCAAUCCCAACCCAAAAGAAAAAUCCCAUCUCCUUACCUCCCAAUUUCUCUCUCCGUGUCCGAUGGAAUCCCAAAACAGAGAACAAUUUGAAGAUUACUUGCCGGUGAUGGCCGACAAGCUGGGCGGGGACGGUCUGAUCGGAGAGCUCUGCAAUGGGUUUCGGCUUCUGAUGGACGGCGACAGGGAGCUCAUCACCUUCGACAGCCUCAAGAGGAACGCUGCCCUUCUGGGUUUGCAGGGCUUCUCCGACGAGGAUCUCCGGAGCAUGAUGAAGGAGGGCGACUCCGACGGCGACGGGGCUCUCAAUCUCAUGGAGUUCUGCGUCCUCAUGUUCAGAUUAAGUCCUGAUUUGAUGGAGCAGUCCCAGUCGUGGCUUGAAGAAGCACUUCAACAAGAUUUUUUCCAGGACUAUGGCUGUUGAUUUUGCUCUUUCUUUUUCUUUUGUGGGUUCGGGUAUCUUUUUCGAAUUUAUUUUUUGGGUGGAAUGUGAAUAAAGUAUACGAAAGAGAGGAGAGCUGGGCGUUUGAUUUACCAGUUGCAAUAUACUUGACAUUAAAUUUUAA